GAAUUAAAUAUGUGUUGACUACUUGUAACAAAAAAAAAAAGACAAAACAAAACAAAACCCUCUUCUUCGGGGCAUUUAAAUGCAACGACCACCAAAGUCUCUCUUCUCUGUCUUUGUCUCUCUAAACUUCAAACUUCAAACACCGUCACACUCACACACACACGCCAUGGGAGAAGAAGAAACCGAACAAGUCUCUUCCUCCUUCUUCUCUCAUCCUCUCUUCUCCUGUUUCAUCACUCUCUACGUUCUAAUCCUCAUCUACUUCCCUAUUGAGUUGCUUAGAAUCUCUCUCUCCCCUGUUCUCCUCAUCUCCGGAGCUCUCCUCCUCUCUCUUCUCUAUCACGGGUCGACCCGAGAAUCCAACACCCGACCCGAUACAAGCAACGAGAAUCUCGAGGAGACAGCUGAAGACUACUACUCUAACGUUGUUCUGGUUCAAGAUUCCGACAAGAAGCCCGAUCAUUUGACGUGUGGUUUUGUGGAGUGGAACUUGAGAGCUCCAUUGGAAGUGAUACACGAAGCUUACGAAGAGAACGAUGAAGACGAAGAAGAAGAAGAGAACCCGGGUGGUGAAAAAGACCCGACCCGGUUUAAAGAAAUCGUGAGGUUUCCGUCGUUGUCUCUCUGUUACCCAGAAUCAGAUUCGGAUUCGGAUUCUGCUUCGUCGUCGGAAUUCAAUUUCCCGGAGAUCGGUGACUGGAACUCGCCGGAGAACAUGGGAUUCAGAUGGGAAGAGGAGGACGACGGCGGUGGAACUGGAGGAGGAGAAGGUUUGAUUGAGAUAAAGCUUGAUCGUAGCUAUAAUAAUAACAAGAGCAAGAUGAUGAUGAUGAGUAAAUGGAAUCAAACAGAGUUGGAUUUUCAUGGAGAGGACGAAGAUGGUUUGAUCGAAAUCGAUCUUUUCCCAUAGAAAGAAGACAAAUUAAUUGAUAACCAAACCAAUCCAAACCAAAAAGAAUUGUUCGGUUAAAUUCGGCUAUCUUGACCUUUAACCAGAAUACAUGAACCAAAUUCUAUACAAAUCGGUUCAAAUUGACAGGCGGCUCUAUAAGCCUCUUUUAUUCCAUGUCAAUUUUUCAAUUUUUGAGUCUUCAUCUUCUUCAUUAGCAAUCUUUGUCAUUAGUUAUGGAGAUAUAUUCAGAUAAGUAUGAUAAUGAAUAGUUUUUGUUAUUUUACAUUA